ACCUCAAGGACGCGGGUCGACCGGCUCCGAAAGCUGAGUGAUUGGCGUCAGUGUUACUCAGGACUUCGGUGAGAGAGGAUCACAUUCUUUUUCCUUUUCAAUUUCACUCGCUUCUCUGAAAAUGGCAAUCAGGAAUCCGGAUAUUAAGUAUACUAAGCUCUUCAUCAACAAUGAGUUUGUGGAUGCAAAGAACGGCAAGACUUUUGCUGUCGUUAACCCAUCCACAGAGGAAACCAUCUGCCAGAUAGCACAGGGUGAGGAGGCAGAUGUUGAUGCAGCCGUGAAAGCAGCCCAAGCAGCAUUUAAGAGGAAUGCCCCCUGGAGAACAAUGGAUGCCUCCCAGCGUGGUGUCCUCAUGCACAAGUUGUGUGACUUGCUAGAGCGCGACAUGAAUUACUUGGCCAGCCUUGACACUCUGGACAAUGGCAAACCAUUCACUGAGGCCAUGUGUGACCUUGAAUACAGUGUGAAGACCAUCCGUUACUAUGCUGGGUGGUGCGACAAGAUCCAUGGAGACACUGUUCCUUGUGAUGGUGAGUUCCUCUGCAUGACAAGAAAGGAGCCAGUGGGUGUUGUGGGCCAGAUUAUCCCAUGGAACUACCCUGUGAUGAUGAUUGCUUGGAAGUGGGGGCCUGCUCUUGCUGCCGGUUGCACCAUCGUUCUCAAACCAGCUGAACUGACACCGAUCAGCUCCCUCUAUCUUGGGGCUCUGGUCAAGGAGGCUGGAUUCCCACCUGGUGUCAUCAACAUUGUUCCUGGCUUUGGAGCUUCAGCAGGACAUGCAGUUGCUCAUCAUCCUGAUAUUGAUAAAGUGGCAUUUACUGGCUCCACUCUGAUUGGCCGGCGCAUCCUAGAAGCUGCAGGACAGUCAAACCUGAAGCGUGUCACCAUGGAGCUAGGAGGAAAGAGUCCUGUUAUUGUGUGUGAAGACUGUGGAGAUUUGGAUGAAGCAGUAGAUUUGUGCCACACCGCAAUGUUUGGCAAUCACGGCCAAAAUUGCUGUGCUGGUUCAAGAACAUUUGUGCAUGAGUCUAUCUAUGAUGAAUUUGUGAAGCGAGCUGUGAAACUGGCCCAAAAGCGUCCUGUGGGAGACCCCUUUAAUGAAGAAACACUUCAGGGACCACAAGUGAGCCAACUGCAAAUGGAGCGCAUUCUUGGGUACAUAGAGAAGGGCAAAGCUGAAGGAGCCAAACUGGAGUGUGGAGGUGCUCGUCUUGGGAACAAAGGCUACUUUGUUCAGCCAACAGUGUUUUCUAAUGUCACAGACAACAUGACCAUUGCAAGGGAGGAGAUCUUUGGACCAGUGCAAGUUAUUCUGAAGUUUAAGACCUUGGAUGAAGCCAUAGAGCGCUCCAACGACACAAAUUAUGGCUUGGCCUCUGGGAUCGUGACUCGUGACAUCAACAAAGCCCUGACUUACGCUCAGAGUGUAAGAGCUGGUUCUGUAUGGGUGAACUGUUACGAUUUGUGUCUGCCACAGACACCUUUCGGAGGCUACAAGCAGUCAGGUCAUGGCAGGGAACUAGGUGAAGAUGGCUUGGCAGAAUACUUGGAGAUUAAGACAAUCUUGAUCAAGGUACCAACGAAGGUGUCAUAGACACUCUAGUUUCCUCCAAGCUAUAGGGUCAUUAGUCCUGAGUAACACCCAAGUCACCGCUUAUAAAACCAUACACACAAGACCACUACUGGAGAUCAUCUUGCUCACCUAUCACAUUUUUUUUUUUUUUUUUCCCUUCUUUUUUUGUGAUACUGUGGUUAGUACUUUAUUCUAGAUGUUAUAGUAUUGAAAGACCAAAGUAUGAGCAUGUUUUUAGCAUGCCCAUGUAUGAGAUAUGUGUAAAGAAAAUAGUUUAUUGUAUUGUAAAAAAACUAUAAUAUCUCAAAAGAUUUUCUUGGAUUUUGUGGUACCAAUUUCAAGCAGAAUUAAUUUUUUUUUUUAAUACGACUUCUGAAAGAUACAAGUAAAAAAUAUAUUUUUGUAGAAUUAUAUAUAUUUUUUUUCAAAAUAAUUUCUUUCAACUUUAUCUUGAAGCUUUUGUUGUAGCUAUCAGUAAACUAGCUUUAGAAACUGCAUUUUGUAUGUUAAUGUCUGUGUGAAUAUAUUAUUUUGCUAAGAGGAACUUUUGCCAGUUGUGUUUAAUUUGUAUAUAGUACAACAAAUCUGAGUAUUUUCAUGUCUUUUUAUUGUUGCAGUUCCAAAAUUUUAUUAUAGCAAAAUGUGUUGAUUGUAAAAUUCACUCUUGAACCAUGUUACCAACUUGGUACCUGUAUUGAAAAAAGUGCGGUUUUCUGAUAUUCAGUGUCAAAACUUAUAAUUUUUAGUGACAUUGAAAGUCUGUAAAAUUGGAAAUAAAGAUUUUGAAAUUGAAAA